AUGGCAACAAUACCCGUCACCCGGCUGCCGAACACUUCUAUCGCAGCAAUGAAGUGUCCCACUGGGACAAAAAUGCACAGUUUAGAUCUUGGAACGCUACAGGUCGACGAGCCAUGGAUUCUUCGUGGCGCCAACGCCAGUGCACUGAGUAACAAGAACUCCGAGAACAAACGUCGCGACUUGAUAGUCUUGUCUGCACUGAUUGAGUACCCAGGCGUGGGGCUUAUCCUAUUUGAAACGGGAUGUACUCAGAAUAUCGACGUAGAAAGGGGUGCCCCUUUGACUGACAUAUUUCCUCGUACGGAAUACUCAGAGUGCCAGAAGCUACCUGCUGCGAUCGAAGCCACAGGCAACCAUAUAUCAGACAUCGGAAGCCGAGACUUAACGCCAUUGGUGAAUUCUUUCAGGGUCCUUGGAUAA